CGGAGAGAGAUGGAGGUCGUGAAGAAGCUGGGGAAGGGUUCUUUCGGAGAAGUCGAUCUCGUCAAGUUCGCAAACUCCGACGACGGCUCCUUCGUCCACGUGGCGAGGAAGAGCAGCCACGCGUGGAACUACGACUAUCUCCACAAAGAGAUUCGGAUUCUUUCCAAACUCCGAGGCUGUCGCGGAAUCGUACAGAGCUUCAACGACGAGUUACACGUGGACUCCACCAGGUUAGGGUUCAAGAUUUACAGGCUCUUCUUGGAGUACGCGGAGGGAGGGACACUCGACGAUCUCAUGGGCGAGUUCGAUGGUCGGAGAAUGCCUGUCCAGAUGACCAGACAGUUCUCCCGCAUGAUUCUUGAAGGUCUUGUCUCCCUCCACGGAAAUGGGUUUGUCCAUUGCGACCUUAAACCCGGCAACAUCCUCGUUUUCCCAAGUGGAGAUGGAGAUUCGAGCGCAUCGUACGAGGUUAAGAUCGCAGAUUUCGGGAUUUCAAGGGAAGUCGGAGACGAAGACGACUGGUGGAAGGAGGGCUCUCCGUUCUGGGGAGAUCCUGUAUACAUGUCGCCAGAGUCGGUGAACGAGGGAAAAAUCGGAAAAGCCCUCGAUAUAUGGUCGAUGGGCUGCGUCGUUUUUGAGAUGUUAACGGGAGAACUGCCCUGGCCCUUCGACGAGAACGAGGAAGAGAAGAUCAAAGAAGCUUUGAGGAAGGGAGACGCACCCGAAAUCCCCGAGAAUCUGCCUCGGGAUGCGAGGGAGUUCUUGGAGACUUGUCUCGCAAGAAACCCGGAAGAGAGAGGAACUGUUUCUGAUCUGUUGAAGCAUAAGUUCAUCACCGGAGAGGAAGGCGAGAAGGAGAAGAAAGCAGACGUGGAAGAAUGUAAUGAUCAUGAGACAGAGCUGCAAAUGGCGACGAGGCCAGAGGCGUUCGAGACCUUUCUUCCCUGUCCGAGGCCACAGAUCUUUCAUGAUGCUGUCAACAACUCCGGGUUCUGCCCUUUAGCAAACCUGUUGAAAUCCCAUAUGUAAACCAGAGCUUAUUUCGGUACAGAAGUCAGUCUACUUGUAGCUUUUUUUGUUGUCAAACUGGAUCGCAGAAUAGAAAUAUAUAUAAGUGUUUAGGAUUUCAAUCAUGUUUUUUCUUUUUACAACAGAUACCUAUAAUACAUUGAAAUCAUAUCUAUGGCAACUC